AUGGACGGAACCAUGGAACCCUACUCUUCACCUUCUUUACACAUCUCAAACUGUGUCACCAUAAAGCUCACAGAGCAAAACUAUAUUAUUUGGAAGUCCCAGUUUGAAUCGUUUCUGCGUACUCAAGAUCUUCUCGGCUUUGUCAAUGGCGCUGCCAAACCACCUGAUGAAACAAUCCCCAUCCGCAACAACAAAUACGGCAAAGCCGAAGACAUCCUAAAUCCAGACUUUGAGAGUUUGUCCAGAUUUGACCAAGUUGUUAAGGCGUGGCUGCUUGGCUCUAUGACUGAGAAUGUCCUGCGACUACUGGUAGGAUCUACAACAGCUCAAGAGGUAUGGGAAACUUUGAUCUCUCACUUUAAUCGCACGUCGUCCUCUAGGCUGUUUGAGUUACAAAAACGUCUACAAAACGCUGAAAAACUAGAUAAGAGCAUGUUUGACUAUCUUAGAGGAAUUAAAGAUAUAUGUGACCAGUUGGACUCUAUAGGAGAUCCAGUUAGUGAGAAGAUGAAGAUAUUUGCAGCUCUAAGCGGUUUAGGUCGUGAGUACGAACCUAUCAUUACUAUCAUUGAGGACUCUAUGGAUCGAUGCCCUGAGCCUACUUACGAUAAUGUAGUCUCUCAUCUCACCGGUUAUGAUGAUAGACUUCAGGGAUACUCUGUCUCAUCUGAUGUCUCUCCACAUCUUGCCUUCAACACGACAAGGUCAUCGGGUUAUCAAAACAGGGGACGCGGUAACAGAGGCAGAGGACGAGGUUUUCAUCAGCAAUUCUCAUCCUCAACAAACGGGGACACAAUGCGUUUGAAUGCUUGUACCGUUGAUGAAGAGUAUCAGCAACCUGCACAACCUGCAAUCAACGCUGCUGCUUUCUCGGCUCUUCACAUCACUGAUGUCACAGAGGACAACAGCUGGUAUCCGGACUCUGCUGCAACAGCUCACAUCACCAGUUCCACUUAG